AUGAAGUUCGUUCUUCCUGCUCUCGCCAUGUUCGCCUCUCUGGUUGCUGCAGAGAAUUGCCAAACGGGCCUCAACUACUGCUCUUUUACCCUGAUGGGCAAAGGUGACUACCACCAGCAGAUUCUCAAAGCCUUGGAUGAGGGCGGUGUCGACCCUGCUGUUGUCAAUUACGACUACUACCUCUACCACUGUGACGGCGGUAGCAACGGCGCAAUCAGUCUGAAUAAGGCCUGCCCUAAGGGAUGCCACGACGCCGGCAGCAACGAGUCUGACUCGUGUAUCUAA